GCCUCCUCUUCAUAACUAAGCAAACACUUUGCUGGCAACAUGGUUUCCAUCUGGAAAUGGAUCUUGGCAAACAGAAAUUACUUCAUCAUUUUCCUCACACCACUACUUGUCCUGCCCUUGCCAUUAGUACUGCCCUCCACGGAAGCAAGCUGUGGUUUUGUCAUCAUCGUCAUGGCUUUAUUCUGGUGUACUGAAGCUCUACCUUUAGCUGUCACCGCCUUAUUUCCUGUCCUGCUUUUCCCCAUGAUGGGUAUUAUGGACUCAACUUCAGUAUGCAGUCAGUACCUGAAAGACACAAAUAUGUUGUUCAUUGGGGGACUGCUGGUUGCAAUCUCAGUUGAAAAAUGGAAUUUGCACAAGCGCAUAGCCCUGAGGGUGCUGCUGAUCGUUGGAGUUAAACCUGCUUUGUUGAUCUUGGGAUUCAUGGUAGUCACAGCUUUCUUAUCCAUGUGGAUCAGUAACACUGCUACAACUGCCAUGAUGAUACCUAUAGCACAGGCUGUUCUGGAACAACUUUACACGUCUGAGGAGAAACUAAAACAUUAUAGUUCACAGAGCCUAGAAGACACCACUGACAAGAGUAAGAUUGAGCUAAAUGGUAGCAUUAACAAGGGAUUUAAGAGUGAGUCCAACGGAACUCUCAAUAAUAUCCCGGAAAAACACCCUAAUGGUAUUCUGGUCCCAAGCAUUGAAAUGAAGGAGAAUACAUCUAGAGAUCCAAGUUCUGUCAAUCCAGAGUCUCAGGAUAAUGUUGUCCUUAAAUUUGAGGAUGACAACCCAAGUGAAGACAAGCAACAUGACAGGCUACAGCAGCACCUGAAACUCUGCAAGGGCAUGAGUCUUUGUGUAUGUUAUUCUGCCAGUAUUGGGGGCAUUGCCACUCUUACUGGCACCACACCCAACCUUGUCAUGAAAGGACAAAUGGACGAGUUGUUUCCAGAAAACAAUAACGUAAUCAAUUUUGCUUCAUGGUUUGGAUUUGCCUUCCCUACAAUGAUUGUGUUACUUAUAAUGUCCUGGAUCUGGCUUCAGAUUAUGUUUUUGGGAUUAAAGUUUAAAGAGAAUUUUGGUUGUGGUAUUAGCCAAGAACAAAAAGAAAAGGAAAAGAGAGCGUAUGAGGUUAUUUCCUCAGAACAUAAGAAGCUGGGCCGCAUGAGCUUUGCAGAGAUCUGUGUGCUGGUUCUGUUUAUUUUGUUAGUGAUCCUGUGGUUCACAAGGGAGCCAGGAUUUAUGCCAGGCUGGGCAACUAUCAGUUUCAACAAAGGAAACAAAGACAAUGUCACAGAUGCAACAGUUGCCAUAUUCAUAUCUCUUAUAAUGUUCUUCUUCCCAUCUGAGUUACCUUCAUUUAAGUACCGGGACACAGAGCAGACAGGGAAGAAGCAGAAGAUACAUGUCCCACCUGCCCUGCUGGACUGGAAGACUGUGAAUGAGAAGAUGCCCUGGAACAUCGUCAUCCUGCUGGGAGGAGGGUUUGCUCUGGCUAAAGGAAGUGAGGAAUCAGGAUUGUCAAUGUGGCUUGGAACAAAGCUAACUCCAUUGCAGAGCAUCCCACCGGCAGCUAUAGCCUUAGUAUUGUGCCUUCUGGUAGCAACAUUCACAGAAUGUACCAGCAAUGUAGCCACUACUACUCUGUUCUUACCCAUCUUGGCAUCAAUGGCAAAGGCCAUAGAAUUGAAUCCUCUGUUUAUCAUGCUUCCAUGCACUCUAUCUGCCUCUUUGGCUUUCAUGCUGCCAGUGGCCACUCCACCCAAUGCCAUAGCCUUCUCUUACGGACAACUCAAGGUUAUCGAUAUGGCAAAGGCAGGCUUUCUGCUGAACAUUCUUGGAGUUCUGACCAUCACACUGGCUAUCAACAGUUGGGGUUAUUAUAUGUUCAACCUUGGUACAUUUCCUUCAUGGGCAAAUACUACAGUUUCACCUUAAAGUGUCUUCAAGUUGAAAUGGAUGGUCCAAUUAGACGAGAGGCCAAGGAAAUUGCACUGCCCAAACAUAUGGAUGCUCUGCCUUAUCUGAAGGUGUACUUGUUGUGCCUCCUUGACCACUGUGAUCAGUUAUUUAAAGAGCAAGAUAAUUAUUCUACUUCCAUACAAUAUCUUUAACAUGUUUUUCUUCUCAUCAUAGCUUUAUGAAAGAACAAAUAUAAAUAGCAGGUCAGGAAAUGUUACCUUUUCAUGCAAGAGUUCAUAUACUUGCCCUGAUCAUUCUACAUGACUUCAAAUGUAAACCUUCUUCGGUUUUGUAUCCUGCAGUUUUCAAUUAUUUGUAUAUUUAUUUAAAAUGUAAAAAAUGAAAGGUUUAAGUGAACAUGCAA